AUGAACGGCCGGACACGUCCUCUUCCAUCGGUGGUCCGGGAAUUUGAUUGCACGGGCGGGACUAUCAUUGCCUACGGUCAUGACACGUAUACAGAGCCCCUACGGACAGAUACCACUGAUUAUUACCAGAACCCACUCGACAUGGACGGCGUGUCACAUUGUUCACGUGAUGUGACCAUGACGCGUGCGACUAUCGAACGUGACCCUGACUUGUAUCGACACCGCAGCAUGUCCAACGUCAUCACCCUCUACGAUAUUCCCUCCCGAGAUAUUAAGGAUAAUGCCUGGUCGCCCAAUACCUGGAAGACGAGAUUUUCCCUGAACUACAAGGGUUUGCCAUACAAGACGGUAUGGGUCGAGUACCCUGACAUUGCCCGAGUGUGUCAAGAAAUCGGUGCUGAACCGACCAGUACGUCUGAGUACGACACCCCCAAGUACACCCUCCCAGUGAUCUACGACCCGUCCACGAAGACGGUCCUCGCCGAAUCCGCGAAGAUUGCGCGUUAUCUCGACGAGACCUACCCAGACACGCCUGUGCUUAUUCCCCGCGGAAGCAGCGCCCUGCACGCCGCAUUCCAGUAUGCCUUCGCGCAAAUGGUGUCGCAACCGGCGUUGCCGCUGAUGCUUCCCGCGACGAACAAUAUCCUCAACCCGUCGAGCGAGGCGUUUUACCGGCGGACGAGAGAGAGCUGGUUCGGGAAACUGGAGGAUUGGUCACCUCCUGGGCCAAUCCGUGAGAAGCACUGGGAGGAGCUGCGUGCCGCGCUCGCUAGGGUCGCUGGCUGGAUGGCAUUGGACGACGAGGACAAACCGUUCUUCAUGGGCGACACUAUUUGUUAUGCCGAUAUCACCAUCGCGAGCAUUCUGGUUUGGAUGAAGAGGGUGUUAGGUCCCAAGUCACAGGAGUGGGCGAGAGUCAAGACGUGGGAUGGCGGGAAGUGGGGGAGUUUCAUGCAAGCAUUUGAUAAGUACGAGAUGGUAUUGUAG